AAAGCCAUGUAUGGACGGACAUACACAUAGACGGAUGGAUAGAUAGAUAGAUAGACUCUUUUCAAAUCAUUUUCUUUUCAAAAGAAUUCAUUCUGUAAUUUUUCAGCUCAGCAUGUCCUUGGUUUCACUGAAAAGCAUGUUGACGUAGAAAACCUCAUGUUCUGGCUUCUGCGCUGCACUGACAAAGAGCUUGGUGAUGUCCUUCAGCAUCCAUUGUGCUGUCCUCAUUCUACCAUGUCUAUGUUUUGAUUCAUUUUUGUUCUUUUAUAUAAGUACAGCCCMCUCAGUAAGAAAGUUGGGACACUUUGUCUAUAGAAAUGAAGCUUUCCAAAGUUCUCUCAAAAUAAGUCCUUGUGGAGACCAAGCACAGCUCAUCUUCUAGCGUAUGGAUGAGAGACAACAUCAAGGUUGUCGUAGGAACACGUUUCCAACCGCAUACAUCAAUAGGGCGUAUAACUUGCUYGUGUCUGAACACUUUUAUUGCUGAUCAGUGUGAGAGGGGUUUUUAAAUGACAUAGCUGUGCAUAUUACAACAGAGAGUGCAGGAAAAGCGUGUAUGUGGGCGGUAAUCUUGCAUGGAGUCCAAACUCUUGAUGCUUGAUUGUUUCAAAUCAAUGCAAGAAUUUCAAGGCAAUUUAAGGAUGCGUCAGUUUAAAAAGGCAAUUCGUGCUGGGUGGUGAUAAUGUUACGUUUUAUUAGAUGACCUCGCUUGAAUGAAACAAUGAAUACAAGCAAGUUUGCUGUUUCCAGUUUGCAGAAGUUUAGGCUUCGGUAAUAUACAGUUGUAAAAUCCUCCACUGUAAAAUUCUGUGAGUACUGCAGAGGAAUCAUUUAUCCCCAGGCUGUGUGAAUCACAGAGCAGGGAGUGUGCUUUAGAGCUAGUCGUGACAAUAUAAUGUAAUAUAAUAUAAGCGGGGGGCUUCCACAGAGACAGAACUCGAAACCUAUACAUCUUCCCUGGCGCUGUUAUGGCAGGAUGUGCUGUAAAAUUGUCAAUGUGUCAGUCUGAUAUGUUUUCUCACAGURAAAUGCCAUAAUCAUGUGGGGGGAGGAGGGGGGGAUGAUAUGAAAUCAAAUUAUGUUUGUCAUUAACUCACGACUGCAGGAAAUUACAUGAGAACAUUGUUAAUCACUCUGAGCACUCCACAAUCCACAGUGUCAUGUCUGCAGGGAUUUGAGGCUAUUAUACUGCUCUGCAUCCAUUAGUCUGUAAACCAUCCAUUUAUCCACCAUGAGAGAGGAAACUAAAAAAAAAGGUAGAGUGCGUCUAAUUAUAGUACUGGACGGAUCAUGAUACCCUUCAUCUUCGAGUGUUUUUCACAGAACAAAUUGUUCAAAUGCAUAAUUUUAACUUGAUUUUAAUCAUGUUGAAGCAGCUGUAUGUUCUGCAGGUAAUGUCUACCUGUAUUUCUAGAUGAAUCUAGACUUUUUUUCUAAAGAGAAAUUGGGUUAUUUUUAUUGGACAUUAUGCGGGUGCUUCAUGCUUCUAUAAAAGGCAUACUUUCUGAGCCAGAGCGAUGACGCAGAGACUGCAUGGGUUCUCAGCAGGAGUAUAAGAGAUGGCACUCAGCUCCGUUGCGGAGCACACAUGAAGGGGGGGGAGACGAAACCGAUCGCUGAUUAGACUCAAAAAGCUUCUCGGUGGCAAGAGCCAAAGGGAUGAACACAACUGAGAAGUUCUGCCUUCCCGUUGAUGGCAUCCUCGAAGUGUUCAACUCUUUCACCGGGCAUCAGCAUUCACGAAUUGCGCACCAAGUACUGCAGAGCGCAGCUCUCAUCCCGCGAGCCCAACACCCCAAAGUCUCAAACAUAACCAAAACGGGCAUGGGCAUAAUCAAAACUGUCAAAGGUUGCUGGAGACGGCAGGACAAGAGAAUGAUCUCCCGCAGGUCUUCAAGUUCUGGGCGUCGGCAGGUGUCGAUUGAUCGAGUCCCCAAAAAGCCGGUGGACCUGACAGAGUUGGGUGCGACCAAGUCGAAGAACUGUCACAGAGUAGUGGUGCUCGGGGCGCCCAAAGUGGGUAAAACCAACAUCCUCCGGCGGUUCUUAGGGGAAGACUAUGAAGAACACUAUGAGCCUACUGUCGAGGACUUUUAUCGCAAGAUGUUCCACAUAGGAGGGGAAACAUACCAGGUUGAUCUGCUGGAUGCGGCAUCUGAGAAAGACUUUCCAGCCAAACGGAGAUUGUCUAUACUGACAGGUGAUAUUUUUCUCCUAGUCUUCAGCUUGGAUGACAGAGAGUCUUUGAAUGAAGUCCGUGAGCUGCUCGACGAAAUUAAAGCCGCAAAGGCAAAACUCCAAAAGCCCAACCACCCAGCAAAGGUGCCAGUCGUGGUGUGCGCCAACAAAGCAGACCUGGACGCACAGAGAGUCCUCAGCAACUCCGAGGUUGUGGACAUCCUGGGCGAGGACGCGCCGUUCUUCGAAACCUCCGCUAAAACAGGCGCCGGACUGGAGGCUGUCUUCGCGGCUCUCGCAGCUCUCGGCGGGCUGCCCGACGAGACCAGCCCGUCGCGUCAUCAGAUCAUCCCCAUCCUGACCUACCAGUCGCUGUGCGUAGGCAAACGGGGCAUCAGGAUGAGGAGACACUCCCGGGGACUCGGCGCACCCUGCGCCGCCGUGGACCCCCUUGCGCGCCGCCCGAGCUUCGCCAGCGACCUGCGGCUGGUGCUUGGAUCAAGCACCCAACACAAGAAACCCGAGAAGCAUCAGGUUCAAUGAAUUAUGAAACUUCUCGACAAAACAAAAUUGUAGUAGUAUGCUGCAAUGUCAUAACAUGUAAGGAGUUAUACUCUGUAGCACCUGGCCGGACCGGUGCAUUAUUAUUUUUUUGUAUUCUAUAAUUGCAUCCUUUAUUAAAAGUUUGCUUAAAA